UGCCUGAUCGAAAGAUGUGUAUUAAUGAGCCAAAUUCCUUCUCCAUCAAGUCAAACCUUGGGAGAAAUUGAGAUAAUCAAGUCUGACAACACAGGAGAAGCUGAAUCAAUAGCAGGGCAUGUUCUGCAAUCUUCCUGCCUGUCAUUUCAGGGAAACAGAAAAG